AUGCUAAAAGCAAUUCUACGUAACAGAGUAUCUACUCUCAUCUCAUCUAUUUAUGCUGAAACUCGUCCAACGCCUCCAGAGAAGCUUGUUAAAUCGAUUAUAAAUCAACUUUCAAAAUCAUGUUUACCCACUAAUAAUAAAUGGAAUCGAGCCGUUGAUGUUGGUUGUGGAUCUGGUCAAGCCACCUUUUUACUGGCCGACUAUUUUGAUCAAGUUUUUGGUUUUGAUAUCAGUGAAACACAAAUUGACGAAGCAAAGCGACGCAAUAAAUUUAACAAUGUCACGUUCAAGGUCAAUUCAGGAGAGGAGAUACCAUUGGAAGAUGGCUCUGUCCAGUUGGUUACUGUCUGUCAGGCUCUUCACUUUUUCAAUAUUGAAGCUUUUCUAGCUAAAGUUGAUGCCCUUUUAGUCCCAGGCGGGUUAUUUGUAACUCUUGGCUAUUAUCAAAUCCCGAAGAAACUCAUUCGAGUUGACGAUCCAAAUGCUAAUCUUGAUGCAAUCGGGGAUCUGAUUGAGGCCACUAAGCGGAUUUGGCGUGACCAUGGCUUUGAUUACAUUGUUUAUACCGACCAAUUGAUGGCCAAGUAUCGUAAUAUCAAAUUACCAUAUGAUAGGCUCUGUUAUGAAGAUACAUUUGAUGUGACACUAAGACGCCCUGGUACAUAUAUUAUUGACUUGAUUAACUCUCUUGGACCAGCAAUUAAAUUUCGCGACGCUUAUCCUGAUAAACAUGUUUCUUUGAUGAACAAAGUCAGACAAGAGCUUGCAGUCAUCUUGAAUACAGAAGAUCUGUCCAAAGUGAUGUUAGAAGCUACAUUCGAGUACUUCAUAAUGUGUUUUAAAAAAUAGAUGAAUAUCUAUAAAAUAGACAUAACUGAAAGUCUACUUCUUUCAACAGUUGACUAGUUCAAGAAAUAACAGUAAACGCAAAACAAUUUACAAACGAAGUGUAAAAUUGAAAAUAAAGAAAUAGAUUUCAGGUUGAAUUUUAAAUUUCAAUAAA